GUCGGGCCCAGCCUCCUCUCACACCAAUUACUCUACUGGUAUUCAACGCUCACUGGUCUACAAAAUGAAUGCUCUUCUUGCCGAGGUUGCUUCGAAGCGCAAGUCUAUGACCGAAGACGUGCGGCCCAACAAGUACAUGCGCCGAGGCGACAUAGAGCGCUUGAAGGAGGAGAAAGAGCGCGAAGCUCAGGAGCACAAAGAAUCAGAGAAGGCCACAACUCCCGACACGUCGACCAUAUCAGCGAAAAUCCCAUCCCGCGACGCCACCAAUUCGCCUCUUCCCCCUCCAGAUGCUAUAGCAUUGAAAGCCGAGUCCUUCAACAUAUCCAAUGAAGAAACCAUUCGGCGUCUACGAGCCAAAGGGCAGCCCAUCCGUCUCUUCGGCGAAUCAGACAAGGAGAGGCGGCUUCGCCUUCGAGCCUUGGAGUUGAUCGAAGAAAAGGAUCACGAUAGGCAAGGAGGACAGAAUGACUUCAAGAAGGCCCUAGAGGACGUCGAAAGUGUGGAGCGCGAGAUGCAGGGAAAGACCAACAAGGGUAAAAAGCGCGACGACAGCGUCGCGGAGUCGGUGAUCGACCUGACCCUGGUCAAGACAGACCCUGAUAAGCUGUACCCUCUCAUCUACUUUGCACUGAAACGGACGCUUCGGGAGUGGGGAGAAGCGAUGGAGGAACGACCAGAGAACGUUAAGCGUACGACACAAGGAAAGCUAGCCGCCGCCACUCAAGUCCAGUCCGCCGAGUAUCUCAAGCCCCUGUUCAAAACAUUACGGGCUAGGGCGCUUCCUGCCGACAUGCUGGCCCGCAUUUCAGAGAUAGUACAUCACAUGCAAAAGCGACAGUAUCAACGGGCCAAUGAUGCUUACUUGCGACUUUCGAUUGGAAAUGCGCCUUGGCCUAUUGGUGUGACCAUGGUUGGUAUCCACGAACGGUCCGCUCGCGAAAAGAUCUCGUCAGAUCAAGUGGCCCAUGUGCUCAACGACGAAGUCAGUCGUAAUGCUGACUUGCAUACAGGCUGCUCACUUUCCCAGACCAAAUACCCGCCGGAAAACCCAGCCGAGCUGAUGGGUUGA